AUGAGCAAAUCGUUCGGAGAUAAGGACAGCACCAGGAACGUGCGUAAUCUGUGCAUCGCCGGCCACGUCGAUCAUGGAAAGACAGCGUACGCAGAUAGCCUGCUUGCAGCGAACAACAUCAUUUCCUCCAGAAUGGCUGGCAAGCUGCGGUUUCUCGAUAGCAGAGAAGACGAGCAGCAGCGCGGUAUCACUAUGGAAUCAUCUGCAGUCAGCUUGGGUUUUAAGCUCCUCCGCCAAGGUGAAGACGGUCACGCAAAGGCUGAAGAUUACAUGAUCAACAUGAUCGACACUCCCGGUCACGUCGAUUUCUCUUCCGAGGUUUCCACAGCCGCGAGAUUGUGCGACGGUGUUCUCAUCAUGGUCGAUGUCGUCGAGGGCGUCUGCACCCAGACAAUCUCCGUCUUGCAGCAGGCGUAUGCAGAUAAAUUACGCCCUAUUCUCGUCAUCAACAAAAUGGAUCGUAUCAUCACUGAGCUCAAGCUGGCGCCUUCCGAGGCUUAUCACCACCUCGUUCAACUCAUCGAAGGCGUAAAUGCCGUCAUUGGCUCUUUCUUUGCUUCCGAUAAGCUCGCUGAUGACUACAGGUGGCGCGAAAUGUCUGACCAGCAAAGAGACGCGUUCGAGGAGCGCGACGAUGAAGACCUCUACUUCUCUCCAGAGAAAGGUAAUGUGCUCUUUGCCUCGGCAGCUGAUGGUUGGGCUUUCAGGGUCUCAAAAUUUGCGCAAAUUUAUGCUAGCAAAUUAGGUUGCAACGAGGACGUCCUCAAGAAGUGCCUCUGGGGCGAUUUCUACUUUGAUCCAAAAACUAAGCGUAUUAUUGGCAAAAAGUCAGCUGGUACACGCCCAUUAAAGCCACUGUUUGUCCAGUUUGUUUUGGAUAACAUUUGGGCUGCUUACGACGCCAUCCACCUGAAUCACGACAUGGAUAAGGUUAACAAAAUAGUCAAUGCCUUGAGCAUACGUGUUCAUCCACGUGAGCUCAAGACGAGAGAUACAAAGACAUUACUGUUUGCUGUUUUCACUGCUUGGUUACCACUUGCAUCUGCCACCUUCUCCGCGGUUGUAGAUGUUAUUGCACCUCCUUCACAAGCUCAGUCGCUGCGUCUUCCCAAGAUGCUUCGCCCACUUGAACCUCGCCCUUCACCAGUGCCUCAAAAUGAUGUUGAAAAGUCAAUCUUUACAAGUGCUUCUGAGAAUGCCCCUGUAAUCUCCUACGUCAGUAAAAUGUUUGCUAUCCCAGCUAGCGAUCUUCCUGAAAACAGACGCAGAGGUCUUACUGCUGAAGAGAUGCGUGAACGCGGUAGAGAGUCUAGAGAGAAGGCUGCAGCUGUUACAGCUGCUUUGGGUGCAACGGGUAUGGCAGGUGCUGAAGAAGUUUCACUCGACGAAGCUGCCCAGCGUCAGGAAGAAAAAGCAGCACAGGAUGCUGAAAGACAGGUAGAAGAAGAAGAAGUUAUUGAAGAGGCUAUGAUAGGCUUUGCUCGUAUUUAUAGUGGAACAAUGCGAGUCAGCAACACCCUCACCUGUCUUCUACCCAAGUACAACCCAGAUUUACCUCCAUCAGACCCUCACAACACAAAAAACAAGCAAGAAGUUCAAAUAAAGAGCCUUUACAUGAUGAUGGGUAGGGAUCUUGUUCCAGUUUCAGAAGUUCCUGCAGGAAACGUAUUUGCGAUUGGUGGAUUGGAUGGCGUUGUCUUGCGUAAUGCCACAUUAAUCUCCCCUGACAACGAAGACUGCUUUAUUAACCUUGCAAGUGUCGUAAAUCAAAAUGCUCCGAUUGUCAGAGUAGCGCUCGAACCAGCAUCUGCUUCAGAUAUGGGUAAGCUUGUUAACGGAAUGAAGCUCCUCAAUCAAUCCGACCCAUGUGUUGAGGUAUUGCAACAGGAGACUGGUGAGCAUGUUAUUUUAACCGCCGGCGAAUUGCACUUGGAGCGAUGCUUGAAAGAUCUUCGCGAGAGGUUUGCAAAAUGUGAGAUAACAUCUUCAAAACCAAUUGUACCAUUCAGGGAGACAGCUGUGAAGGGUCAAGAGAUGCCACCUCCAAAAACAAAAGAUGCAGCUAGAGGUACAAUCCAUGGCACUUCACAAAACAACGCCGUUUCAUUUACAUUGCGAUCAGCACCACUGCCAAAGACUAUAACAGGUUUUCUCGCCGCUAAUCAAAUAUCAAUCCAAAAGAUGUUGGGAGUGUCUCUCGACAGGAAACAAGACGACGAUGAGAUUGCAAUUGAAGAUAACACAUCAAGUCUUGAAGCUCAAGAUGCGUACAAACCGGCUAGUGUUUUGUGGGAGGAACUUGAGAAGCUAUUUGGUGACUGUGGAUACGAUUGGAAGAAUGUAGUUAGCAACAUCGUUGCGUUCGGACCAAAGCGUGUCGGUGCCAAUAUUCUCGUCGACAGGUGUACAAACAGAAGUCUUCGAAACAAGACGCAAGUAAAUGACAGGUGGCAGAAGAUGAUUGAUGAGGGUCUUGAGAAUGGUUUUCAAAUUGCAACCAACCAAGGACCUUUAUGCGCUGAGCCUAUGUUUGGAAUGGCCUACUUUAUAGAGAAAGUCAGCAUAGAUGACAGAGAGGCACUAGAAGCCAACACAUCGCAGAUAACAGGAUCACUCCUUUCAGCGUCAAGAGACGCAGUCCGCAACAGCAUGCUUGACUGGUCACCUAGACUCAUGCUAGCUGAGUACUCGUGUGACAUCCAAGCGUCGACAGAAGUACUAGGAAAAGUGUAUGGAGUUGUUUCGAGAAGGCGAGGAAGGAUAGUAGCAGAAGAGAUGAAGGAGGGCACUACUUUCUUCACUGUGAAAUCACUAAUGCCAGUCGUUGAGUCGUUCGGUUUCGCUGAUGAGAUAAGGAAGCGUACAUCAGGUGCUGCAUCCCCGCAGCUAAUUUUUGCUGGGUUUGAGGUGUUUGACAUAGACCCAUUUUGGGUGCCUUCUACGGAGGAAGAGUUGGAGGAUCUGGGUACACUCGCUGAACGUGAAAAUGUUGCAAAGAAGUAUGUCGAUGGAGUGCGUGAACGCAAGGGAAUGUUUGUUGAGCGCAAGAUUGUCGCUGAGGCUGAGAAGCAGCGUACAUUGAAAAAAUAA